UCAACAGAUGCAGAAACAGAUGAGGAUUCAGCCAAUGAGGAAACCGAUGCAAAAGAUGAAGACACCGAUAGAGGUCCAACCGGUGAAGAAGUUAUCGAAGGGGGAAAAGAAGCAGACACAGAUGAUGGUUCAACAGACGAAAACGUAGAUGAAGGAGAUGUUGAAGCAACUAUUGAUGACACGUCAGCGGAUGAAGAAACAGAUGAAGGAAAUAUUGAUGCAGAUACAGAUGAUGUGUCAACAGAUGACAAAAAAGAAGAGGAAUCAACAAAUGAAGAAACUGACGAAGGAGAUAUCGAUGGAGUCAUAGAUGAAAUAUCAAAGGAUGAAAGAGCAGAUGGAGACGCCAUUAAUGAGGAAUCAGACGAAGAGGAAAAUGAGGAUGAUUCGAUUAAUGCCGAGGCAGACAGCGAUUCAACGAACGAUGAAUCUAAUGAAGGUGAAAUUGACAUAGAAAGAGAUUCCAUAGAUGAAGAAACUGAUGUAGGUAUAAUUGAUGAAACCAAAGAUAGGGAAUUGUCUGAUAAUAACUCAAAUGUAGAGGAAACUGACGAAGGAUAAAUUGAUACAGCCACAGAUGACGCUGUAAUCGACAAUGUUGAAGCUACAUCUACCGAUGACGACGUGGAAGCUUCAAGAACCGGUAAGGACGUUAAUGAUGCAUCUACAGAUGAUGAUGUUGAAGCUACAUCUGCCAGGGAAGAGGUGGAAACUUCAGCUACAGAUGAGGUUGACGCUAUAGCAUCUGUUAUCGAUGUUGUAAAUACAACUUCUGCCGAUGACGUUGAAGCAACAACUGCAAAUGAUGAUGUUAAUGCAACAUCUGCCACUGUUGAGGUUGAAGCUUCCAUUACAGAUGAUGAAUAUGACGCUGAAACUUCCGGUGUCGAAGUGGCAGCUACAUCUUCUGCCGAUGACGUUGAAGCAACAACUGCAAAUGAGGAUGUCGAUGCUCCUUCUGCCACUGAUGAGGUUGAAAAUUCCAUUACAGAUGAAAAAGAUGACGCUACAACUUCCGGUAUUGAUGUUGAAGCUACAACUUCUGCUGAUGACGUUGACGCAACAACUGCAAAUGAUGAUGUUGAUGCGAUAUCUGCCACUGAUGAGGUUGAAGCUUCAAUUACAGAUGAUGCAGAUGACGCUACAGCUUCCGGUGGUGAACUUGAAGCUACAACUCCCGGCGAUGAUGUUGACGCAACAACUGCAAAUGAUGAUAUUGAUGCUUCAUCUAUCACUGAUGAGGUUGAAGCUUCAAUUACUGAUGAUGAGGGUGUCACCACAAUUUCCGGCGUCCAAGUCGAAGCUACAACUUCUGCCGAUGACGUUGCCGGUAAUAACGUUGAAGCUGUUACUGACGGUAUCGACACGGAAGAGGAAGAAGCUGGUGAAGACACUGAAACAAUGUCUGAAGAGGAAGCUGACACAGAUGUUGAAUGUGUCGUAGAUGUAACUGAUACACUGCUGACCGUAGUAACAUGCGUUUCAAUGGCCGUCACUGAGAGAGUUGUUCCACUGAACACAAUAACGGUAAGUCCAGUUGGAUUGGUAAAUAUCACACCGCCGGAUCCAAAACCAACUUGUCCAUUACUACUUAUCGACUGAGUAAACUGCUGUUCGACCACGACAGGAUCUGGAUCGCUAGUGUAGUAGAGCUUGUAUGUUGUAACCACGCUCCCUUUU